AUGGGCAAGUGGCGUUACGGCGUUGUCCUAGACGCGGGAUCGUCUGGGACCCGUGUACAUGUCUAUCGUUGGUUGCGCAAUGCGGUCGCCCGCAAGAAGGCGGGACAGGAGGAAUUGAAGUCCUUACCAGAGAUCAAAACGAAAGAGACCUGGGUGAAGAAGAUCCAUCCCGGUACGCCACACCAAGAGCCGCGAAGGGUUAUCCCAUGUCCCGGGUCCACGCUGCUGGAGAGGACGUUCCAUACUGACUCGUGCGCCCUUGAUAACUUAGGUGUCUCUUCUUUCGCAGAUCGACCCGAAGCGGUCGGACCGGAGCACCUCGAGGACCUCCUCAAUCAUGCGAAGAGCAUUGUGCCCGAAGAAGAUGUCAAAGACACGCCAAUUUUCCUGCUGGCGACGGCCGGCAUGCGACUCCUCGGAAACCUGGAGCGCCAGCUACUGUUGGAUCAGGUUUGCAGCUACGCCCGCGCAAACACCGAUUUCCUACUGCCGGACUGUGGCGUGCACAUUCAGGUCAUCCCAGGUGUGACGGAAGGACUCUACGGAUGGAUUGCGACGAACUACUUGAUGGACGCCUUUGAUGCGCCCGAGAAGCACGACCAUGGAAAGGGUCACCAUACAUAUGGAUUCCUAGACAUGGGUGGCGCGUCCGCCCAAAUCGCCUUUGCGCCGAACGCGACGGAGACGGAAAAGCACGCCAACGAUCUGAUCUUGUUGCGUCUCCGCAAUAUCGACGGCUCAAUUCAAGAGCACCGGGUCUUUGUGACCUCGUGGCUCGAAUUUGGCGUCCAUGAGGCUCGUCGGCGGUACUUGGAGGCCCUGCAGGCCGCGGCGGGUCCCGAUGCACUGGAGCUGCCCGAUCCCUGCCUGCAUGAAGGGCUGCGUACAACGCUGGAUGGCCGAGAGCUGUCGUCGACUGAUGCAGAGGAGCCUCACUUGCUCGGCACGGGUAAAUUUGAUGAGUGUCUGCGACAAACUUACCCUCUGCUGGACAAGGAUGCCCCUUGCGCGGAUCACCCCUGUCUGCUCCACGGUGUACAUGUUCCCGCGAUCGACUUUGACGUCAACCAUUUUAUCGGAAUUAGUGAAUAUUGGCACACGACUCACGAGAUCUUCGAGAUGGGAUACAAGGACAAGGCAUACGAUUUUCACACAUAUCAACAGCGGGUCAAUACCUUUUGCUCACAAGACUGGUCCUGGAUCGAAACUGGGAUCCAGGAAAAGAAAUGGGGGAAGAAGGUGGACAUGGAAAAGGCUCAGGAGGUGUGUUUCAAGUCAUCAUGGAUCAUCAACAUGCUUCAUGAUGGGAUCGGGAUACCUCGAGUCGGCCUCGAAAAGACCCCGAGCUCAGGUCACAAUGGCACGAAGGAGGUUCUUUCUCACACCGAAGACAAAGGGUACUUGGACGCUUUCCAAGCUGUCAACAAGAUCGACUCGACAGAAGUGAGCUGGACCUUGGGCAAGAUCGUCCUCUACGCGUCGUCUCAGGUCCCUGCGCAAGUCAAGGAAGCAGCACUGCCCGUCGGGUUUGGCAGCAAUGGUCCUGGAAUCCCCCCCGACUUCCAAUAUCCUAGUGUGGAGCUCGUCCCCGGCACAGACGGGCUACACAGCGAUGACUGGCAGGAUUCCUUGUUCGUCGGCGACUCCCCUCGCCGAAUUCCUGGAAUAAUUUUGUUCGUCUUCCUCAUCGGAGUCGUGUGCUUUUUCCUCUGUGGUCGCGCCCGCCGAUCACGCAUCUAUCUCCAGAUCAACAACGCUCUCCGACGAGGAGGCCCUUCUCAUCCCAAUCAUCCGAAGAAACGCAAGGGACUCGGGGUGAUGUUGCCCUUCCUCAACCGAAACGGGGCUGUUUACGAGCGUGUCAUGGAAGAAGGCGCCAAUGACUUUGAACUUGGCAGCACCGACUCGGAUAACAGUGAUACGGAACCUGGGCGCGCCUCAGAGGGUGAUUCAGUUGCCCUACGCCCGACCACCAAACGAACCCAGAGUUGGGGCUGUGCUAGCAAUACACCGGCUUUGAAGUACAGUCUGGACAACGCAUCCUCAGGCACCAUCGGACUGGGCAUCAGUGGUGGUUCAGGGACUGCCAUAGACCGCGCUGGUCUAGUCGUCAGAACCGAAAGCCGCGACCACCUCGCGCCCAUCGCUCUCGGACCGACUACCAACGGGCGUCGGUCGCGAGCCACGAGUCCCACCCGAUCUCAUCAUCCUAAAUCUCCCAGCAUGACCCCCCUUGCCGACGACUAA